AUGUCACUGCUGCUGCUGCUGCUGGUGCCCCUGGUGUGGACAGGGACCCUGGCUCAGGAUGGGAGAUUCCGGCUACAAGUGAAGUCUGUGACGGUGGAGGAGGGGCUGUGCAUCCAUGUGCCCUGCACUGUCACCUACCCCCAGAUCAAUUACACUGACACUGACCCAGCUUACGGCUACUGGUUCCAAGAAACAGAUCAUCCAGCCCUGGUUGCUCCUGUGGCCACAAACAAACCAAAUCGUACAGUGCUGGAGGAGACCCAGGGCAGAUUCCACCUCCUUGGGGAUCCCCGGACCCACAACUGCUCCCUGGACAUCACAGACACCAUGGGGAGGGACAAUGGGAAAUAUUUCUUUAGGGUGGAGAGAGGGUCUUUUGUGAAAUAUAAUUACAAAGAGAACCUACUUUCUGUGCAUGUGACGGCUCUGACACAGACACCUGACAUCCACAUCCAGGGGACCCUAGAAUCUGGCCACCCCAAGACCAUUACCUGUGCAGUGCCAUGGGCCUGUGAAAGGGGGACACCCCCCACCUUCUCCUGGAUCGGGGUCGCCCUCACCUCCCUGGGCCCCAAGACUCUCCACUCCUCGGUGCUCACCCUCACCCCGCGGCCCCAGGACCACAGCACCAACCUCACCUGUCGAGUGACCUUCCCCAGAGCUGAUGUGAGCACAGAGAGGACCAUCCAGCUCAAUGUGUCCUAUGCGCCCCAGAACCUGACCAUCAGCGUGUUCCAGAAAGAAGGCACAGGACCCAAACCUCUGGGCAAUGGCUCAUCCCUUCCAGUCCAGGAGGGCCAGUCCCUGCGCCUGGUCUGUGUUGCCGACAGCAACCCUCCUGCCAUGAUGAGCUGGACCAAGGGGAGCCUGCCUCUGAGCCCCUCCUCACCUUCAAACCCUGGGGUCCUGGAGCUGCCUCGGGUGGAGCUGGGGCACCAUGGGAAAUACGUCUGCCGAGCUCAGCACCUGUUGGGCUCCCUGGAAGCCGCCCUGAGCCUCUUUGUGACCAAGCCCCCACAGCUGCUCGGACCCUCCUGCUCCUGGGAGGACGAGUGUCUGCACUGCAGAUGCUCUGCACAAGCCCAGCCGGCCCCCUCCCUGUACUGGCGGCUGGGGGAAGAACUGGUGAUGGGGAACCACAGCAACACCUCCCUCACGGUCACCUCCAGCUCCACCGGGCCUUGGGCCAACAGCUUCCUGAGCCUCAGUGGGGGGCUCUACUCCAGCCUCAGACUCAGCUGUGAGGCCAGAAAUGCCCAUGGGAACCAGAGCGCCACUGUCCUGCUGCUACCAGGGAGACCAGGACCCAGGACAGAUGGCAUUGUGGGGGCCAUCAGGGGAGCUGGUGUCACAGCCCUGCUCACUGUCUGCCUCUGCCUCAUCUUCUUCCUAGUGAAGAUCUACAGGAAGAAAUCAGCAGAGAAGGCAGCGAGCAGGGAUGGUGUCCAUCCUGCAUCGAGUACCGUGUCCUCGGUGAGUGAUGUGGGCAUCUCUCUGUCCAGUGUCCCAGCUGGACACUUGUCCAGGGGCAGGGUGGGCAUUUUGAUGGGAAGUUUACUCAGCACAUCAAAAAUGAGUUCCUCAUCUGCCCCCCAAAUUUGUUCCUCUCCCCUGGAUUUCCUGCUGCACUCAACUCAGAGACCUGAGAAUCGCCCCCUCCUCUUUCCUCUCCUUCACCUCCCAGAGCCAAUCAUUGACCAAGCCCUGUCCAUUUUCCCUUUUAGUAAAGCUUUUCUCCAUUGGGCCCUUUCCUGCUGA